GUAUUUAAGCAAGCACUGAGGCGUGUGAGGUAUCAGUCAUCCUGUGACCACCAUCGAGUGACCAUCUGUUCUACUGCUUGUCCUAUCCCGCUUCUUAAGCUACACAAUGGCCGCUCACGGAAUCACACUCGCCGCCCUCCUCCUCGCCCUGGCAGCUCUCACGCACGCAGCUGACACCACCCACAAGGAGGACGCACGACUUUUCUACGACGAUAACGACACCUCACUCACCAUCGGCGGCGAGAGCCUCUUCUAUAUCGGGGUCAUCUUCGUCGGCCUGCUCUUGCUCACGUCUUUCCUGGGGCUCUUCGGCACAUCGGCCAAGUUUGCUCAGCCCUACGACUACGCCUCCGCUACCGCUUACGGUGCCCCUGCCCCAGCUUACGAUGAGAAGACCACCUUCGUCCAGCAAUUAAUUGAAGAUGCUGUCAGCAAGUUCCUGUAGAAACCGUGAGCGCAAAGGAAUAUUUGAGAACCGAAUUUUCUUACAGAAAGAAAACCAUGUUACUAUGAUGAUUUAUCUUCACAAUUUUCUGUGAUUGAUCUGUCGAUCUUUUGUUUACUAUAUUCUAUUUAAUUUAUGAUGUAAAUAAAUUGUUUUGUUUA